AUGCACUCCAUGUUCAUUGCUCAUCUUGAUCUGAAGCCUGAAAACAUCAUGCUUCAAAGCAAAACGUCCGCCAAGAUUAAGCUAAUCGAUUUUGGGCUGUCUCGCAAGAUUUGUCCCGGCGUGAAAGUAAAGGACAUGAUGGGCACAGUGGAAUUUGUAGCUCCUGAGGUAGUGAAUUAUGAUGGCUUGUCAAUGGCCUCUGACAUGUGGGCGGUGGGAGUCAUCACCUACAUACUACUCAGCGGCGCGUCUCCUUUUCUGGGUGAAACUCGUGACGAAACUUUCUGCAAUAUUUCUGCCGUCUCAUACGUGUUUGACCCUAAAUACUUCUCUGGCGUCUCUGAACUGGCGAAGGACUUUAUCCGGCAUUUGUUUGUUCGGAACCCGCGGUAA